UGUUUUGUCUGCAGAACGGUGUGUUCUGAACAUCACACAGCUUCAGGAAGAGCCUGAAGCUGAAGGUACAGUAUAUUGUUUACACUGAAGGAGCUUGUGUGUGGACAAGAAAGCGCUGACAGCUCAAAUGGAUCCCAUGGAACUGAGCAAUGUCAACAUCGAACCUGAUGAUGAGAGCAUCAGUGGAGAAAGUGUUCAAGAUAGCUACACCGGGAUGGGAAAUUUAGAAAAGGCAGCAAUGAGCAGUCAAUUUGCUAACGAAGAUGCUGAAAGUCAAAAAUUCCUGACAAAUGGAUUUUUGGGGCAAAAGAAGCUGGCCAAUUAUGACGAUGAACAUCAUCCUGGAACCACCUCCUUUGGGAUGUCUUCAUUCAACCUGAGUAAUGCCAUCAUGGGCAGUGGAAUCCUGGGCCUGUCCUAUGCCAUGGCCAACACAGGGAUCAUACUUUUCAUAAUCAUGCUGCUUGCUGUGGCAAUCCUGUCACUCUAUUCAGUCCAUCUCUUAUUAAAGACCUCCAAGGAAGGAGGAUCUCUAAUUUAUGAAAAACUGGGUGAAAAAGCAUUUGGAUGGCCUGGGAAAAUCGGAGCUUUUGCUUCCAUUACAAUGCAGAACAUUGGAGCAAUGUCAAGCUACCUCUUUAUCAUUAAAUACGAACUACCUGAAGUAAUCAGAGCCUUCAUGGGACUUGAAGAAAAUACUGGAGAAUGGUACCUCAAUGGCAACUACCUCGUCAUUUUCGUGUCUGUUGCGAUCAUUCUUCCACUUUCUCUUCUUAAAAAUUUAGGUUACCUUGGUUAUACCAGCGGAUUUUCUCUUACCUGCAUGGUGUUUUUUGUCAGUGUGGUGAUUUACAAGAAAUUCCAAAUACCCUGCCCUCUGCCGGUUCUGGAUCACAACGUUGGGAAUGUGAGCUUCAACAAUACCCUUCCCAUGCACGUGGUCAUGGUGCCCAACAACUCCGAGAGUAGCGGUGUGAACUUCAUGAUGGAUUACACCCACCAGAAGCCUGCGGGGCUGGAUGAGAACCAGGCCAAGGGCUCUCUUCACGGCAGUGGAGUAGAGUACGAAGCACACAGUGAUGACAAGUGUCAGCCCAAAUACUUUGUAUUCAACUCCCGGACGGCCUAUGCAAUUCCCAUCCUAGCAUUUGCUUUUGUAUGCCACCCCGAGGUCCUUCCCAUCUACAGUGAACUUAAAGAUCGGUCCCAGAGGAAGAUGCAAACAGUGUCCAACAUCUCCAUCACAGGGAUGCUUGCUAUGUACCUGCUUGCUGCCCUCUUUGGUUACCUAACCUUUUAUGGGGAAGUGGAAGAUGAGCUGCUUCAUGCUUACAGCAAAGUGUAUACGUUUGACACCCCUCUCCUCAUGGUACGCCUGGCAGUCCUGGUGGCGGUAACACUAACUGUGCCCAUAGUCCUGUUUCCCAUUCGUACAUCAGUGACCACUCUGUUAUUUCCCAAAAGACCCUUCAGCUGGAUAAGACAUUUCCUCAUUGCAGCCAUGGUUAUUGCACUUAAUAAUGUUUUGGUGAUCCUUGUGCCAACUAUAAAAUACAUCUUUGGAUUCAUAGGGGCUUCUUCUGCCACUAUGCUGAUUUUCAUUCUUCCAGCAGCUUUUUACCUUAAACUGGUCAAGAAAGAACCCCUUAGGUCACCCCAAAAGGUCGGGGCUUUAAUUUUCCUCGUGGUUGGCAUCAUCUUCAUGAUCGGAAGCAUGGCCCUCAUUAUAAUUGACUGGAUUUACAAUCCCCCAAAUUCCAAGCAUCACUAACCCAAGGAAAAAUACUUUCAUUUCCUAUUGGAGAUGGUUGCGAAUUGUGCUCCCAAAGACAUUUAAGUUAUCUUGAUUGGAAUGUUAUUUGUAGGAAAUAACAGGAAGAUUCCAAAGAUGUUUACCAGCAAGAUCACCAGGCACCUUCAGAAGAGAAAAAUCAUCAUUUUUGUCAUGGGUGGCUCUCUAUGGUUUUAAAAUCUGUGGUGUACCUUUUUACCCAGGUUUUACUAGAGUGGUGUGAAAUGAUGUAUUUUUGUUGCUGCAUGAGCAGAGUAAGGGUACCUGCAUGUAAUGGUCAUCAGAUAAUACCUUUUUCCUCCCUCCCCACCCCAAAGUACCAAAUUCCUACACUCUCAGAAUACCAAACAAAAACACCCUGGUGGCAAAGCUAUCACCAUUUAAUGCCCUCCCUCAAUCUUGCCCCAAACACUCUGGGUCUAGUUAAUAACAGAGGGAAAAGGCAAGUCUUAUGAACUGUCCCUGUAAGGUUCAUGAAUGAUCAGACACCAGGCUAGACCCUCUUACAGUCAACACUAAAGGAAUAUUUUGCCCAUCUUGUUUGUGACAUUGAAUUAGCGACUACUUCAUUCAGUAGAUCUUUUCUAAAUGUUCAAAUGUCUUAAUGAAACAUAAAGAGGGGCUUUAUUUAAAUUAUCAAGCCACAGCAAAAAUAACGCUUAUAGCGAGACCACCUGUUCUGGAAGCAUUGGCUUAUUAAUGUUGUUCCCAGCCCUCUCCUCAUCUUUUGUCAUUGAACAAGGCCCUCCCUCUCGUCUUCCAGUCUCAUUCAGAAUUUUUAGAUUCAUGUGGAGCUAUACUACCCAGUAUUGUUUGAUACAUUUUUAUUUGAUAAACAUUCAGUGCAGGAAACUGUGAUUGCUACGUGUUUAUGUAUAUAAUCUUAUUCUGUCGUCAUCAGAAUUUUAAUGUAUGGUACAUUUGAUUUUUAUUUUUUACGUGUGUCACUUUCUCUCUUCAUCAUCAAACAUUUAUAUUAUUGGGGGUGGGGUAGGGAAUUAAGUGGAUGGGCUAAAAAAAUCCAUUUGUAUGUAUCUGUCUAUUGGAGAUAUUUUAAAUUUGAGACCUAAGUUAUAAAUAGUUCAGUAAUGCUCUUCUUCAAUGUUUACAAUAUUAUCAUAAUCAUGUAUAAGAAAAUAAGUUUCCUACUUACAAAUAACUAUCAGUACCAAGGUUGUUAUUUUAGUUUAGCAUAUCUAAAGUGGGAUUUCGUUCAUUGUAGCUUGCACAGGUGUGUGCUGACAUUCGUUUACCACUCAAUACAAUGUUGAGUGGUUCUCUACAAAAAUAAAAGUGCUAACACUACAAAGAGAUGCAAACUAUUAUUCUUGCUCAUUUUUACAACAUAGUUACAUGAAAUAGAUUUAAAAAUUAGUAUUCACUGCCUAGAAUUUCUGGACUUUGCUCCUUUUUUUCCCUAAAUCAGUAGCAAGCACAUUGUUGUAUAUUUUAUAUUUUAGUAUAGUCAAGUAUGAAAUACAAGUACAAGUAUGAUAAUGUUAAAUCACAUUUCAAUAGUUUUUUUCUGAACGUGCCUUAAGUAAAUAUAUAGUUGUUUUGUGUAUUAUUUUCUAGAGGCAUAAUACUGUAAAGUGGUGCACUUUGUUAUGUAAAUUGAGCAUUACUAGAAACUAUCGUAACUGACUUACUAUUAUUGAAAAAAUUUGCCAAAUAGCAUCUUUAAGAUAUAUUUCCAUUUUCAUUCAUCUAAAGAGUGUAUCAAAAUAGAAAGUGGAAAAAAGAUACCUUCUGAGUGUUAAAAAAUGUUUAAUCUGAAUGUAUUUAAAUGUAAAUAUCAAAGAUUAAUCCAAAAAGUUGAAAAACUGUAAAAUCUGUAUAUAUAUUGAAUGCUUUAUAUUUGAAAUGACUAACUUGAAAUUAUCAAAUGUGUAAUUAUAUAAAUAUUCAAGAGCAAUACUACAGUGCCAAAUAAGAAAGCAGCAUUUUUUUCUCAUGGUCAUUUUCAGGAUUAGAUUUCACAGACUGCAGGGCAGACAUACAUAUGGUAUCUUGUACUGGUUAAUUUAGCCCCAUUUAUAAACAGAUGAAAAUUUUAUUUUCUUAUUUCAUUUAUAAGAUGGUUCAAUGUAUUGGGAGGCUUUUUUUUUAUUACAGAAAGUGUAUAUUGGUAUAUAAUAAAUGAA